UCAGAUCGGUCCAAGGUAUUUGAGAAACACAAUAUGUUGCCCAACAAGAACCACCAAGUCAACUUCUGAUUCGCACACAGAGGAGUUUCCGAGAAAGAUACGCACUGGACGGUCAACACACCAGAAUCAAGGACGAGAGGAUCGAUCGUUGAGAGAUCUAGGUUGCGACAUCUUAAUUGGGGAGAUCAGAGAAGAAGCAAUCGAUGUACUGGCCCACAGGUUCUGCUUCAAGACUGUCACACUCAAGCACUCUGACGACUGUACCCAAGCCAGGAAGGAGCAGUACAAGCACAUCCAAAACAACUAAACAUCAUCAUCAAGCUAGCGACAGCCACCGGACUAAUUAUGAUAAGAGGAGGGACACCCAUGCAUAUCGUCCGGGAGAGCUCAUCGGAAUCGAGGCUUGUUCGACUACCCCUCAAGCACCCAUCGGACUCUUUGCUACUUGGACGACCACCGAAUUGACCAUCUGGAAUCCAAAACCCAAGAUCGCUCUCUCCAAACUGAUCAGACCUCACGAUAGUCUGUCAAGAUUAGGCCAGACUAAAGAUGUCAAAUGGAAGCCGGACCAAACCGAGCACACACUGAUCAUUUGGACAGUCAAGUCAGCCUUGAUUAUCUAUAAACUGGAAGCCCUACCGAAGUCGACUGCGGUCUACAACCUGCCCCCUGAUCAGUCUGAAUCUUUCCUCUCAACCGGGCCUGCAGACCGGAUCCCGUUCCCCAGGUUGGCCCUCAAGUUCGUUGGCGAAAUCCCACCAACCGAUCCUACAGAGGAAAUCAGUUGUCUUGCGCUCACUCCCUCCCACAUCUUAAUCGGACUCGCGAACCCUAUUCCUCAAUUGAAAAUUCUUUCCUGGUCCUCAAUCCGCUCCUUCUUUUCAUCAGAUCAUCGUGCUGAUCACCACUACCAUCAUAAUCGGCAAGGCCGAAAUUCCAAAUCAAAUUUGUUUGUACAACCUUUACAUCAAAAUCUCUUGUCGGGUUUUGAUUGGCUGAUAGAUAAAUCAGUGACCUUCCUUUCGAUAACGUAUUCCAGCGACCUGAAUGUCUACAUCUUUGUGACCUCAGAUGGCCGAGCGUAUAUUGCCCAUAUGAUAUACGCUCAGCCACCUCGUCGACCAAUGAGGCUAAGCGGGGAUGAGGAGGUACGGUGGAUGGGCAGUUGCUUCCAUGAUCCGGUCGAGCGGCUUGGCCACCUUCCCGCAACCGGUGCAUGUGCUAUCAACUUCCGAUUCAGUUUAGUGGCCGUCGGAGUGCAAAACGGGAUCGUGGAUGUGUAUAGUUUGAGCGGAUCGGCUCUUCUUACCAAUUAUUCGCAUUCAUUGAAUCCACAGGUGAAUCAUCACGACAACAAGCAAUUGGGGGGAAAGGCUCAACAAAACGGGCAAGUCGUGAACACAUGUGCAUGGACUUCUGAUGGACAUGCGUUAGCCGUCUCGGGGUCAAGUGGAUUGUCGGUUUGGUCGGUCUUUGGCCGACUACAGACUUGUUGUGAUUCGGCGACAAUCUCUGAGACAAACUUGCACGAAAUUCAGUUUGAAGAUUAUUUCAUGGGCUCGUGUCGGAGUCUAUUUUGGGGGCCUGGAAAUUUCGAGCUCUUCCUCCUGACCGCUCCGUCGGAGUCUUCAACUCGGUACAUCGCCGACGACCAGCUGUUCGUGUUGCCUUUUGCCAAAAGCGCAGUUGCAACAUUGCAUUCGCCGGACAAUACGAAGCAUGGAUUUCUACAAUUAGACGACCGAGUAUCAGUCUAUCGGGGAGCAGAUUGUCCGGAUCUCUCGGUAAUCAAUCCCGAGUCGGAUGUCUGGCAACACAUCAAGAUCCCCGCGGAUUAUAUCAGCACCAACUGGCCGAUCGAGUGUAGCUGUAUCUCAGAAGACGGGAAGUUAUUGGCCGUGGCAGGGAAACGUGGGUUCACCCAUUUCAACUCGGUCUCUGGUAGAUGGAAGCUCUUCGAAAACGAGGAUGAGGAACAGGCUAUUCAUGUCAGAGGUGGCAUGCAAUGGUUCGAAAAUGUUUUGGUCACCGGUAUUGAUGAGGCUGGAUCAUAUUCGAUUCGACUGUUUGCACGAGAGAACACGUUGAGCCUAUCCCAAUGUUUAUUCGAGCAUCCAUUAGAACAUCCGAUUGUUUUGUUAUCAAUACAUGAUACAUCACUGCUCAUCUACACCUCGGACAACACGCUUUCGCACUUCAUAAUCAAAGACCAAGGGUUGAUCCAAUGUGGAAGCAUCGGAUUUGAAGGGAUUGUCGGGAAUCCAUUGCGGGUGCGAGGGAUGUCAUGGCUGGUGCCGGAUGCGCAGCACUGUUUUGGGGAGCCGGAGAACGAUUUAGACUAUGCUACGAUCGUCCUUCUGGUUGGAGGCAAGGUGGUCCUACUGCGCCCCCAACGCUCCGAGCGGGCUGAGGUCAAGUACGACAUGCACAUCCUCGCCGACCAUGUGGAGUUCUAUUGGGCCGGUAGACAGUUCACAAAUCAUGAUGAGCUUGGCUUGUUAGAAAACUCCCUCUGGGCUUGGGACGGCAAACAGAUCGUCGUUUGGCUCGAUGCUCUUGCUCUUGAUGGCGACAAUUUUCCCGGAAGAGAAAAGAUUGCGUCGGGAGACAAAUGCCAACCUCUUGAGAGUAGACUGACUAUCCCACUUAACUUCCAUCCCCUCUCUGUCUUGAUGGAUAAAGGCAUCUUUAUUGGAAUCGAACAAAAAACUGUUAUCAAAAAGUCACUCAGUUUUGCUUUGUUCAGGAUCAUGACCAAUACAGAACUUUUUAUUCAUCAAGUGAUCAAGUUUUACUUGAGUCGAGGCAAGAUGGAAGAAGCAGUUGAAUUUGGAGCUUACUAUUCCAAGUUAAUUUACUUUGGACAUUCGUUGGAAAUUCUACUCCAUACGGUACUUGAAGAAGAGGCCGAUUUCAAGAUCAAUUCGACAGGACAGAAUCCGUCCGCCCAAAAACCUGCAUCUCCCGCCUCUUGCUCCACAGCAUCCAAUCCUGCUACUGCAUCAACACUCGUUGCAGACGGGAAUGCUAAGAAUACCCAACAAGAAAGAAAAAUCCUACUCCCAUUGGUGGCCGAAUUCUUGGACCAUUUCAAAGAAUCUUUGGAAGUCGUCGUCGGUUGUGCCCGAAAGAUUGACCUGAAACAGUGGAAAAAUCUGUUCCAGAUCGUCGGAAAACCGCGAGACUUGUUCGAGAAAUCCUUGAAUUUGGGCAUGCUACAAGUGGCUUCCUCCUACCUCUUGAUCCUGAAUCAUUAUUAUCUAGACGAUGAUUCCUUCUUCGAUAGUUCGAUCAAAAUUUUCAAUCAAGAUUGUCCAGUUCAAAAUCUCAAACCGAAUCAGCUGGAAGAAGAUCAUUACUCAAUCGAAAUUAUUUACAGUGAUACUGUCAGACUAUUCAAAAUCGGAAUAGAAGUCAAGAAUUGGGCGUUAUGUAAAGAAUUGAUGAGAUUCUUGUUCUCCUUAGAUCACACCGGAAAGAUCUUAACGAAGGCUUUAAAAGAGUCCAAUCUCGCCCUCUACAACAACCUCCCCGAUCCUGCCAAUCAUCCCGCACAAAAAUGAAUCCUAAUCACACUAAUAAUCAUCCUAUCCAUGUUCAUUUUAAACUACUUAAUUCAAUUUAUAUAUUUGUACUUCAUAUAUAGAACAUUGUACCCAUUUGAUUGACACAGUCCAGCAAUAUUAUCUAGUGUAUGUCUUAUUUAUAGCUCUUCAUUUGGUAUUCCAGUCUAUGUGCAUAGCUAUAUGUGAGGCUGAGUGAUUCUUCCUUGGGGUUGAAUUUAAAAUAUACAUAGAAUUG